UCACGGAUAACAGAAAACACGAAUUUCCGGACAGGGAAAAACAAGAAAUAGUUUUAAAAUCUUAUUUGAUUUUGUUUGUUUUUUGUGAAAAUACACGAUUUUAGAAUGGCAGACGAACUGGAAGAAAACGUGUCCAUGUAUAAGCUUCAAUUACAACAGGUGGAAGACUCACUGUCGUUAGAUCCUGAGAAUGAAGAUUUACAGAAACUUAAAACUGACCUGCAGGAGGUGAUACAGCUGACAUUAGAUCUGAUUGGUCAGAAACAGACGCCAAGUACCGACACUACAGACACUGAGCCGGGAGGCAGUGAACAGUCUACAAGCUUAAAACGGGCACCAGUGAAACACUGGCAACCAGGAGAGAAAUGUUUGGCUAUAUGGUCAGAGGAUAAGAAUUACUAUGAAGCGACUGUGGAUGAGAUUCUAGAGGAUGGAUCAUGUACGGUCACAUUUGAUGAAUAUGGAAAUACUGAUGUUACAGAGGUCUCACUAUUGAAACCAAUAGAGACAGAAUCAGGGAAACGGAAAGUGGCUGAUGGUGCAAGUGAAGCUAAGAAACCUCUCUCAAAAAAAGACAAACAGGCUCUAGAAAGAGAAUACAAACGUAAAAAGAACCAGAAAAAAGCCCAGAGACAAAAACAAUUAGAAGAGGAGAGGGAGACGGAGAAAAACAAAUGGCUGGAUUUUAAUGCUAAGACAUUUUCCAAGACAAGUAAAGGCAAAGUGAAGAAGAGUAUUUUUGCCACACCAGACACAGUUGGUGGCAAAGUUGGAGUUGGUACUUGUGGGAAGGCAGGGCGACCCAUGACACAAUAUUCACAUGCUGAUAAAUGGAAAAAAUAGGAUUUGAUGAAUAAAAGUAUACAAACAGUUCAUGAAGCAUUUAGCCAAAUUAUUUGGAUAUUCAUCAAUAAAAGGAGUUUUAAACAUGUAAACUAAGCUGUUGGACAGAGUGAUAUCCAGUAAAUAGACAGUGUCAACUAAAUGUUGAAAAAAGUUCAUUUAUUUCCUAGUACCAAUAAUACAGUGGAUGUAAACUUUGAUAAAUAACAGAUGCUGCUGCAUGAAAGAUACAAUCACACUGUAUACUUUGCCUAUAACUUUCAUCUGCAGCACAUAGUAGAAGUUUUGAAGAUUUCUAAAAAACCCUUUAUGUUAAUGUUUUACUGUAAGCCAUUCUAUAUCAUUUAUGACUACAUUUUCUGUAUUUGUACCAAGUCUGUCCAGUUGUCAGAAAAUCUUGCGCACCGGUAUAUAAACAAUUUUUAUAUUGACUUGCAACUACUGUUUAACACUAAAGGAUUUUUCAAGCUCAAGAGCCAUAUUCCGAACUCCAAGUUUAGGUUGUUCUAUUUAGUAUUUAAAAUAUACAAGUGAUACCCUUGUUCACUAAAGAAGCCUUUGGUUGGGUAUCCCAGCUCCUGAAAAAGGCAGUUUUAAAUAACAUUCUAUAAUAAAGAUGUAAAAGGCUUUCACCGCCAAGUACUAACCUUUAGCCUGGUGGUGGCAAAUGAUUAUGCCUUUGACAUCAGUGCAGAAAAAGAUCAGCCUGCACAUCCAUGCAGGCUGAUCAUGGUCUGCACUGAUUGCUAUUCAGUCAGUAAAUUUUCAGUGGACAUCCCUUUGAAUAGUAAAUGGUAAUACCCGAAUUGAAUGAUGGACUAGUCCAUUAUAGAAAUUAGCAGGGUGAAGGUUAAAGCCACCUGCUGUAGGAUUUAUCCUUUUCUGAAUAUAAAUUGGUGAAUGCUUUAUGAUGUACUGAAUUCUUGCAUAAAUACCGGACAUAGUGGACUAUUUCUGAUGCAGCUUUAUAGUUUUCAGUAAAGUCUUGCCCUAAAUACCAGAUUGCCAAUACUUGUUGCAACAUUUGAAAAAAUAUUUUAGGUUUGAACUCAUUUAAUUAGAGGUCUGAAAAAUCCUCAAAACAAGCAAAGGGAGCUGUGGAAGACCUCUGGUAUUACAGUUGUUUUUUUUUUAAAAAAAACAUCAAAGGAUACUGGUAUUUUGAGUGAUCAUGAAAAUAACAUUACAUAAAAGGUCAACUAAUCAUUACAUUGAAAAUCAUUGAGAAAAAAAUGUUUCACACAUCUUGUAAAUAAUAUUUUUUACAUUCAAAUAAAGAAUGAAAACAAAAA